AUGGAUCUUGGAGUUCGGGUUCAAGGUUCGGUUUCAGGUCAUGAAAACGGGUCACCGGGACACUCAGAGCUCGGAUCUGGUUUCAGCAGCAAGCAAGAAAGAUCCGGUUUCGACGGUGAAGAUUGCUGGAGGAGCUCAAAGCUCGCAAGAACAUCAACAGAUGGAUUCUUUUCCUCCUCCUCCUCCUCCUCCUCUUCCGCAGCAGCUAAUAAAACGCUGUCGUUUCAUCAAGGCAUACCUCUCCUGAGAUCUACCUCUAUCGAUCCUCGUAGACAAGAACAUAUGCUUAGCUUCUCCUCUGCUUCAGACAAAUCAGAUGUCUCCUCUGUCUCACCUUAUCUUCAGUACUGUAGAAACUCAGGAUAUGGUAUAGGAGGAAUGAUGAACACAAGCAGCAUGCAUGGAAACUUGUUGACAGGAGUUAAAGGACCUUUUUCAUUGACUCAAUGGGCUGAGCUAGAGCAACAGGCUUUGAUCUACAAAUACAUCACAGCCAAUGUCCCUGUGCCAUCUGCGUUACUCCUCUCUCUCAAGAAAUCUUUCUUCCCUUAUGGAUCUUUGCCUCCUAAUUCCUUUGGAUGGGGCUCUUUUCAUCUGGGCUUUUCCGGCGGCAACAUGGAUCCCGAGCCAGGGAGAUGCCGCCGGACAGAUGGAAAGAAAUGGCGGUGCUCGAGGGACGCUGUCCCCGACCAAAAGUACUGUGAACGACACAUCAACCGAGGCCGCCAUCGUUCAAGAAAGCCUGUGGAAGGCCAAAAUGGCCACAAUACUAAUGCCGCUCCGUCCAAGGCAGCAGCAGCAGCUGCGACGACUACGGUUGUUGCAAUGCGUGGAUCAGAUAAUAACAAUAGCCUCAAUGCCAAUCCUCCUCCUUCAACGGAUACUUUGGCUAACAGAGUUCAAAACUCUCGAGGAGGUUCAGUUUUUACCGUACAACCGAAGGAAACUCAUCAUCCAAAACAGAGCAAUAACCCUUUCGAAUUCGGACUCAUCUCCUCUGAUUCCUUACUUAACCCCUCGCACAAGCAACCGUCUUCUUCUUUCGCAAACUCUUCAAAAGCCUUUGGAUCGUAUCUUGACUUCAGCAACCAGGAAAAGCACUCGGAUUCUUGGCCGCCUGAAGAGCUGAAAUCGGAUUGGACUCAGCUCUCAAUGUCAAUCCCCAUGGCUCCAUCUUCGCCUGUUCAAGACAAGCUAGCUCUCUCGCCUCUAAGGCUGUCUCGCGAGUUCGACCCGGCGAUUAACAUGGGAUUAGGCGUCAACACCGAGUUUCUCGAGCCUGCGAAGAAGGCGAAUAACUGGAUACCGAUCUCUUGGGGUAACAAUAACUCCAUGGGAGGUCCUCUUGGUGAGGUACUUAACAGCACUACGAAUAGUCCCAAGUUUGGUUCUUCUCCAACAGGCGUCUUGCAAAAGUCGACGUUUGGUUCUGUCUCUAACACUAGCUCCGGGAGCAGCACUGUAAUUGGAGAUAGCAGUAACAAGAACGGCGAUGGAAAGGAUCCUCUUGGACCAACCACACUGAUGAACACUUCUGCUUCUGCUCCUUCUCAGUGA